UCCCGCAGUGAACCCGUCGAUGCCUUUCAAGCUUUUUGCCCUUUCGGGCAUUUCCGCGCUGCAGCCGCUGGGGGCGCCAACAGCACAGAGCAGAGCAGAGCGAAGCUCUUCUGGCUGCCUGAAACUGUUUGCUUCGGGGCGGAUUUUAGCAGCGACUUCUCUUGCAGACAGCUCACCGAGGCGGCGGCGCGCUUAUCACACUGCAAGACUGGGCAAAAGAGUUUCCUAUUUCCCAAACCAGUUCCUAAAGCUUAUCAGCCAAUCUGACGGAACAAUGACCCCCUUUCCGAUUGCUGGCCUCCUCCUCCUCUUUGUGGUUGGCUAUGGGUCCUCUGAGAACUCCAGUACCUCCAGAGGGUGUGGACUGGAUCUUCUUCCGCAGUAUGUUUACCUCUGUGAUCUGGAUGCUAUCUGGGGGAUAGUGGUGGAAGCCGUGGCUGGAGCUGGGGUGCUGACGACGUUGCUGCUGAUGUUGAUCUUGCUGGCGAGGUUGCCCUUCAUCAAGGAGAAGGAGAAGAAGAGUCCUCUGGGGGUGCAUUUCCUCUUCCUUUUAGGGACCUUGGGACUCUUUGGCUUGGCGUUUGCAUUCAUCAUACAGGAAGACGAGACAAUAUGCGCAGUCCGCCGUUUUCUGUGGGGGGUCCUCUUCGCGCUGUGCUUCUCCUGUUUGCUCGCCCAGGCCUGGAGGCUACGGAAACUGGUGCGGCACGGCAAAAGCCCAUCUGGAUGGCAGCUGGUGGGUGUGGCCAUUUGCCUUGCUCUGGUCCAAGUCAUUAUUGCUACGGAGUGGCUGAUAUUGACCAUUGUGAGAGAUGGGAAGUUGGCGUGCAGUUACGAGCCGAUGGAUUUUGCCAUGGCUUCCAUCUAUGUCAUGUUUUUGAUAGUGGUAACUGUGGGUUUUUCUUUCUUCACGGUCUGCGGGAAGUUUAAGAAGUGGAAGAAGAAUGGCAUCUGCCUCAUUAUAGCCAGCUUUUUCUCAAUUCUUAUUUGGGUUGCUUGGCUGACUAUGUAUCUGUUUGGUAACAAAGAACUGGGGAGAAGAGACCAAUGGAGUGACCCAACUCUGGCAAUAGCCCUGGUGUCCAGUGGCUGGGUAUUUGUGAUCUUUCACUCUAUCCCGGAGGUCCACUGCUCCAUUCUUCCAUCUCAACAAGAAAACACACCGAAUUAUUUUGAUACUUCACAACCGCGCAUGCGUGAGACAGCUUUUGAGGAUGACCUUCAGCUUCCGCGGAGCUACAUGGAAAACAAAGCCUUUUCAAUGGACGAACAUAAUGCAGCUUUACGAACUGCAGGAUUUCGCAACGGCAGCUUGGGAAGCCGUCCGAGCGCUCCCUUCAGAAGCAACGUCUACCAGCCCACUGAGAUGGCGGUGGUCUUAAAUGGUGGGACUAUUCCAACCGCUCCGCCAAGUUACACUGGAAGACACCUUUGGUGAAAAAGCUUUUAGGCUUUAGAGGAGGAGAGAGAAUGAUUCCCAGAUUUUAUAUCCUGGCAGUGUGUCUUUAUGAGGGAAGAGUCAAUGCUAGCAAAGGACAAAGCAACGCAAAGCAGCAUCCCAACAACCAGGAGCUUGGGAUGGCCUAGAUCCAAUAGCUUGUUUUACUUUUUAAAAAAACAAAACAAAAAUGUGAACCUUCGUUGAAUUGAUAAGCUAACCGCAAAAGCAAAACCUCUGCAGUGAAAUAAAAGCUGAAACUAAAUUUAAAAAUAGGUGUAGGGGACACAGUGUUCUGAAACGGCAAGAGAGCUUUUGGCUGAAGCCGGUGUGCGAGGCAAAUCAGUUGCUUUGGAAAAUGAAAUAAAACUAAAUAUGUCAAAUCAA